AGCGAGCUGUGCUGAAAUUUGCUGCUGCUACUGGAGCCACUCCUAUUGCUGGCCGCUUCACUCCUGGGACAUUCACUAACCAGAUCCAGGCAGCCUUCCGAGAGCCAAGACUUCUGGUGGUUACUGAUCCCAGGGCUGACCACCAGCCUCUUACAGAGGCGUCUUAUGUUAACCUGCCUACCAUUGCUCUGUGUAACACAGACUCUCCUCUGCGCUAUGUGGACAUCGCCAUCCCUUGCAACAACAAGGUAAC